CUUCACUCAUCCUGUGCUGCAGAGCUGAUCUCUCUGAAAUAAACCAAAUCCAUGUAUGCAAUGGAGGCAAUAUAUGACAAUGUUGAAUGCGUUAAACUUGACAACCCAACACCUUCAACAAAUUACACAGGUCAGAGGAGCUCUAAGAGAAGUUUCUAUUUGGGUGUUAUUCUCUCCCUGAGCCUGCUUACGGUUUUCCUGCUGAUUGGACUUAUCACACUUAGUUUCUUCAACCAUAAUUUAGCUGGACAUGUGUCGGCGGAGGCUGAGAAGAGAGACCUUCUGAAUAAAAACAUCUCUGCUGUCAGUAACCAACUUUCUUCCAUGACUGAGGAGCGAGACCUUCUGAAUAAAAAGUUCUCUGCUGUCAGUAACCAACUUUCUUCCAUGACUGAGGAGCGAGAUCUCCUGACUAAAAAACUGCUGUGCUUUUACAACCAGAUUAUACGAUGUCCUGCAGGAUGGAGUAAUUUCAGCUGUAGCUGCUAUCUCCUCUCUGAAAGCUCUGCUUCCUGGGAUGCAGCCAGAAAUGACUGCAGAGUCAGAGGAGCAGAUCUGGUGGUUAUUGACUUCGCUAAAGAACAGGAGUACCUUACUAGGCUCACCAAUACACUGACUUGGAUUGGUUUACAUGAUGAAGAAGAAGAGGGAAGAUGGAAAUGGGUAGAUGGAACUCCUCUUAAUCUGAUGUACUGGGCAGAUCACCAACCUGAUAAUGGCGGUGGAGACCCAAAGUGGGGUGAAGAGGACUGUGCUCAUAUCAGGACAUUUGAAAACACUUUGUGGAAUGAUCUUUCAUGCAGGAAUUCUCUGCCGUGGGUCUGUGAAAAAAUACCAUAAUACCCACUUUUUUUGAAGAUUCAAUACAUAUUGUAAGCUUAGCUAUGGUUAAUGUUUUAUUAUCCUUUAUUAUUUUAUUUUCGUUUUAUUCCUCUCUGAAUAUCUAUUUAGCUAAAGCAUUGCAGUGCGAGUUGUAGCUAUAGCUAUAUACUGUUCACUUUUAUAAAUAGAUUUACUUCCUGUUGUAAAAAAAGAAAACUUAAUUUAGCACAUGAACUGAGGUCCAACUGUUGACUGCCUUUUCUGAUAUAUCAGUUAAUUUUACAUUUUAAAAGAACCAGCGGACAAAGCAGAACUACAGCUGAUUCUCUGGAUCACCACAUAUCAGUCAUAUGUUUAUGGAUAAUCAGAAGUUGUCACAAUAUGUUAUUAGUUAUACUGAUGUCAGGACAUUGCCCUCAGUCAGUGUACUACAGUCGUGGCCAAAAGUUUUGAGAAUGACACAAAUGUUAGCAGCAAAAGUUUGCUGCUUCAUUGUUCAUUCAAGAACAAUGACUUCAAGAAUCACCCUCCUUUGAACACAUCCAGUCUGCUAUAUUAUAACUCAAUCAGCAUGACAUAAUGAUCUCCAGCCUUGUGCUCGUCAACAUUCUCAACUGAGUUAACAAGAAGAUUAUUACUCAACAGGUCCUUUUAUGGCAGCAAUGAAAUGCAGUGGAAAUGGAUUUUGGGGAUUAAGUUCAUUUUCAUGGCAAAGAAGGACUUUUCAAUUCAUCUGAUCACUCUUCUAAACAUUCUGGAUUAUAAGCAAAUUGCUAUCAUAAAAACGAAAGCAGCAAAUUUUGUUUAAACCAAUAUUUGUGUCAUUCUCAAAACUUUUUGCUACAACUGUACCAUGUGAAUUACUGCAAUACAGGGAUAUUGCAUUUUUGUUUUGUGUUUUGUUGUCGCAAGCAGUAAAGCUGGGCUUAUUAUUCAUGAUAAAUAAACAAAUAAGCAUAAGUCUGUAAAUUAUA